AUGACCUCGCCCCAUUCUCCCUCUUUCCAUCACCCUGCCCCAUUCUCCCUCUUUCCAUCACCCCACCCCCCCUCUCCUCCUCUUUCCAUCACUCCGCCCCGUUCUUCCUCUUUCCAUCACCGCGCCCCGUUCUCCCUGUUUCGAUCACCCGCCCCGUUCUCCCUUUCUAUCACCCGCCCCGUUCUCCCGCUUUCCAUCACCCCGCCCCAUUCUCCCGCUUUCCAUCAACCCGCCCCAUUCUCCCGCUUUCCAUCACCCCGCCCCAUUCUCCCGCUUUUCAUCACCCCGCCCCAUUCUCCCACUUUCCAUCACCCCGCCCCAUUCUCCCUCUUUCCAUCACCCCGCCCCAUUCUUCCUCUUUCCAUCACCUCACCCCGUUCUCCACUUUCCAUCACCCCGCCCCGUUUUCCAUUUCCGUCACCCCGCCUUCUUCUCCCUCUCUCCAUCACCCGCCCCGGCCUUCCUCUUUCCAUCACCCCGCCCCAUUCUCCCUCUUUCCAUCACCCCGCCCCAUUCUCCAUCUAUCCAUCACCCCGCCCCAUUCUCCCUCUUUCCAUCACCCCGCCCCAUUCUCCGCUUUCCAUUGCCCGCCCCAUUCUCCCUUUCCAUUGCCCCCGCCCAUUCCUGCUUUCCAUGACCACCGCCUCGUUCUCUGCUUCCAUGACCCCGCCCCGUUCUCCCGCCUUCCAUCACCCCGCCCCAUUCUCCCGCUUUCCAUCAACCCGCCCCAUUCUCCCUCUUUCAUCACCCCGCCCCAUUCUCCCGCUUUCCAUCACCCCGCCCCGUUCUCCCGCUUUCCAUCACCCCGCCCCAUUCUCCUGCUUUCCAUCACCCCGCCCCAUUCUCCGCUUUCCAUCACCCCGCCCCAUUCUCCCGCUUUCCAUCACCCUGCCCCAUUCUCCCGCUUUCCAUCACCCAGCCCCAUCUCUGCAUUCCAUCGUCCCGCCCCAUUCUCCCGCUCUCCAUCACCCCGCCCAAUUCUCCCGCUUUCCAUCACCCCGCCCCUUUCUCCUGGUUUCUAUCGCCCCGCCCCAUUCUCCUGCUUUCCAUGACCCGCCCAUUCUCCCACUUUCCAUCACCCCGCCCCAUUCUCCCUCUUUCCAUCACCCCGCCCCAUUCUCCCUCUGCCUAUAA